AUGCUUGGCCACAUUAUAGUCAAUCGUUACAAUCUCUGGGCUGUGGUAUUUUCUGCUAUCGGCACUAUCUCUACAGCCUAUGGCCUGGCCAUCAUCGGGUCCACUGUCGGCCAACCCAGCUUUUACACAUAUCUCAAGCUUGCACCACAAGGUACAACCGGUUAUAGCCAUACCACCAGAAUCAUUGCUUCUUUGAAUGGAGUGAAUUCAGCUGGAGCAAUUAUAGGCUGUUUAUACCAUAUUUGGAGUUCAGAAAGCCUCGGUCGCAAGAAGACCAUGAUAGUAGGUUGUAUCGUCUUGACUAUCGGCGGUGCGAUCUGCGCGGGAGCAGUUGACGUCGCAAUGUUUCUAGUUGGUCGCGGUAUCGCUGGAAUUGGGUCUGGUAUUCUCGCCUGUGUUGUUCCCAUGUACCAAGCGGAAAUAUCCACACCAGAAACCCGUGGUGCUAUGGUAUCUGCUACUGGCAUUGAAUACGCUCUAGGCUACUCUUUUGCUGGUUGGCUUGGGUAUGCCUGCUCAUUCAUGUCAGAUACGAGCCAAUACGCCCAAUUCGCCUGGCGCUUUCCGCUGGCUUUCCAGUGUGUAUUCCCAGUUAUUUUUCUGUGUGGUCAGAAUUUCAUACCACUUUCUCCUCGAUGGCUUCUUUCUCAAUGCAGAGAGAAAGAGGCCUUCCAGAUUAUGUGCAAACUGCACCAAUCCAGCGGUGACCUGAAUAAUGUUCGCGCUCGUGAGGAGUUCUUUCUCACUAAGAAACAAUACGAAAUUGACAGUAAUCUACCGAAUCGACGGCAUGACCUGUUCCGAACUGCCCCCAACCGCAAACGUACCCUUAUCGGAGCAAUGUUAAUGUUCGGAAAUCAAUUUCUCGGGGUCUAUGUGAUCUCAAACUACGGCGUUCUUAUCUAUGCCCAGCUCGGGCAAGGUGAUUCAAUUUCACUGCUACUGAAUGCAUGCUGGACAACACUCACUCUGUUUGGGAAUACUUGGACAGCCUUUUAUGUCGACAGGUACGGCCGUCGCACAUUACUAUUGAUUGGCGCGAUCGGAACGUUCUGUACUUGCAUUUGCCUCUGUGUAUUGAGCGCACUUUAUUUGGAUACGACGAAUAAGGCUGGUCUAAAAGCUACUGUCUUUUUUUGUUUCCUGUAUAUCUUCUGGUGGUGUUUCUUCAUAGAUGCUACACAAUACGUGUAUAUUUCGGAAAUAUUCCCGAGUCAUUUACGCUCCGCGGGUGUUGCUUUCAGUCUUGCUUCCUUCUAUUUGGCAUCAGAGGUGACUCUAUCGGUCGCACCCAUUGCUAUGGACAGCAUCGGAUGGAAGUUCUAUCUGGUACUCAUUUGCCCGAGCUCCCUUUUUAUCAUCCUUCUGUUUAUCUAUCUGCCCGAAACCAAGGGACGAACUUUAGAGGAGAUUGGAACUCUUUUCGGCGACAAAAAUAUUGCGAAUCAAUGGUAUGGACUAACUGAGGAGGAGAAGAAUGUUAUUUACGACCAGGCGGUCUUGGAGGAUAAGAGCGAUGCCGCGACUGCGGGGCAUACAGAAAAUAUUGAGGACAUCGGUAUGGAAGAGUUGGGCUAG